AUGUUGAACCUCACGAAUGUGCGCAAUUUGCUCUCGCAGGUGCUCGAGCUGCCAGCGCUGCACACCGCGGUGCUGUUCACCCCGCAGGGCGAGCUCAUCUCGUACUCCGCGGACGCGUACACGCCAAAGGACCACGUCCGUGUCGUCGUCGGCCUCGGCGGGGAGGUGUGGCAGGAGACGAAGACGCAGGGGAUCGGGAUGGUCGCUAGCGAGGUCGGGCGGAUCGUCGUUCUGCCUGUCGGCCUGAAGGAGGAGGGACCGAAGGAAGAGGGGGAGGAGGAUGAUGAUGAUCCGUUCAUGUUGCUCGCGGUGAACGCUGAUGACUCAGUGCCCUGGAGCGAGCUCGAGAGCAAGGCAAGAGAGCUGGUGAGGCAUCUCGAGAGACCCAUUGGCAGCUUGCGCGAACGUCUGGCUGCAUCGCCGGUGCCCCUUGUGAAGCCGCGCCCUGAGCGCGCGACACGGUGA